GCAGAGCUGUGAUUGGUUGCUAAUGGGCAACAUAGAAUCUUACCACAGGAUCGCAGCUCAAACCAGGGGCUUUUGUCCAAGCAUGUCUGUCCACUUCCAGGAGUAUUUAUAUGCACUCUCAGUGGGAGAGAGCAUGCAUUGAUCACGGCUUCUAGUUUGCGCUGUUUUCUUUCAAUACUUGACGUGUGUUUCUGCAUUACUUGUUACUUUUCAACAAUGAACCGGCUUCAGCGUAAAUCAAAAAGACCUUCACAACCUGGCACAGUAUUUGGAAUGGCCUCUUUUGAGAUGAUAGAAGAUAUUCUUGUUUGCUUGGCGAAUGACAAUGAGAAUACUCUAGAGCGCCUAUCGGAGCAUGCAGGCUCAUUCAAACAACCAAAAGUGAUCGAAAUGGUCUUCCUAUUGUCAGAACACUGGAGUCAGGACAACUCCACUAAAUACCAGGCAGUGGAAUUAUUAGACAGAUUCCUGAUCCUACAUGUAGAGGAGCUAUAUAAAUCCAGCGCCAAAGGCCUUAAUAGUAUGGAAGUGAAGACGUGGGACUCAAUAAAAGCCGAAAUAUGUGACAUGUUCCUGCUCCAUUUGGCAUCCUGUAUUCAGAUUACAAGCAAGUUACAUUUUCACUAUAAUAUUAUCAACAACCACAUGAUUCUGCAAUUUCUGAGGUCAGCGGGGUAUUCUUACAAGAAAGAAGAUAUUGUGAGAUCUGAACUAAGAGUGUUAACAACGCUUCACUUCAGCAUAAAUAUCCACUCUCCUUUUACAUACAUAGAAAUGCUUCUGGAGGUGUUAGGGUAUAAUGGCUCUUCUUUGAAAAUGGUGGAUGUGCAGGAUAUGUGUGUAAAGGUCUUGGAUUUGGUUUAUUUACUAAGAACCCCUAUGUAUGAAGCAGUUCUAAAGGCAUCUGUGGAUCUUUCUACGCCAACUAGUUUGCAAAGGAGCAAAUUUCUCCCAGUGAAAGAAGAUCAGAUGCUCUUGGCCACAGGAGUUAUUUCUGCCAGCACCUUCAUAAUAAACCGAGACUUGUGGAAUGAGGUUCUGAAGCAUUUAAGUAACAUCACAGGCAUUACAGUGAGCUCGGUGUUUGACAUGUGCUCGGCCAUACUGAAGCAUUGUGUGGGCAAAACUGCCCUGUCCAAUUCUUAAGAAACAAAUACAGUGAGAAAUGCUCUUCAGAAUACCGUAUCCUAUUAUGCCUUUUAAUGUUCAGGUUAAAGGGGUAUUCCAGGAAA